AUGGCCAGUUCGACCGCUACUGAAGGAGGUCGAAGAUUCAGUUCUUUCAUCGUCAGUAACUCGAUCGAGAAGCACGAUACAGCAACACGGAAACUUAUUAGAAGCCAUGCUAAACGCGGCAGAAGUCACCAGAAGUCAAUGGUUUCCCGCUUGAAACCAGGCAAUUGGAUCAAUGGGUACCGUGACAAGAAUGACUCAGAUCCUAAAUUGAUCCAGAAUGGGAGCGAAAUCACUUUCGUUCGGACGCAGUUCGAUGGCUCGGAUCUGACUGUCACUCGUUUUGCUUUCGAUAACACGCAACCUUAUAUGCUGGACCUUAUCUUUAAAUUUUGUACGGUCAUUAAGCAGUCUAUGUAUCCCAUUGAAUUGUGCCUUGCGUUCGAUUAUCGGGGAUCCAUAUGGUUCCAAUACCUGCAGUCCGAUCCUAUGUAUCUUCAUUCCACGCUGUGGACCACCCAAGCAUACUUCGAUUGGGUCAAGGGACAAGGCAGUUCUCUAGCAAGCAUGAAUCAUGAGACAAAUACUCUUCAUCUGCUCCAGAGAAGAUUGGUGGAUCCCAAGACAGCAACCUCAGAUAUCACCAUCGCUGUCGUUGUCACACUUGUCAUGAUGACUAUUCUUCUUGGGAAUCAUGAAGCAGCCAGGAAGCAUAUAGCUGGCCUUCAUAUGAUGGUGACCAUGAGGGGUGGUCUGCAUAUGCUCAAGGAGAAUACUCAACUUCAGAUCAAGGUUUGCAGAGCCGACCUUGUCAUCGCUCUUAUGAAUGGCACCAGGCCUUUAUUUUUCUCCGUGGAUAUAUCCUGGCAACCAUAUCUACCUCCAACAAAGCCGAAUCAGUUGGCUCUAGCUAUUCAAACCCCAUACCUGAAUAAUGAUAUACGACUCGCAGCGGUCUGGACGGAUCUCCGCCAAUUCUGUAUAUCAGCAAAUGUUGCGUUCCAAACAGACCAGAAGAUUCAUCCAGAAGUCUAUCAGGAGAUACUCAUAUCAAUAGAAUACCGUCUCAUGCACCUUAUAUGCAAAGAUCGCUCUCUUGAAACUCUCCACCUCGCCAUUCUAGCCUUCUCAACAACAGUCUUCCUCCAGACAGAAGGGGUUCGGGUGAGGUACCACGAUUUAUCUCGUCAGCUUCACGAUUCUGUCUUGCGCCUUGGUGCUUCUAACCAAACUCCCGAGCUUUGGCUUUGGAUUCUAUUCAUUGCUGCUAUCUCCGCCGUUACCGAUGAAGAUGACCAGUGGCUGAUGCCACUUCUGAGAGCGGCGUUUCGGAGAACUGGGACAACCACCUGGGAGCCCGUUCGAGAUAUUCUAAAGAGUAUAAUGUGGAUUGAUGCUCUGCAUGACAAGGAUGGAAAGAGAGUAUUUGAUUUGGUGUUGCUGACUUAUGCCGAGCACUUUCUCUCCUCAUGA